CGAGCCACAAGUCCCGUUGAAGGAAGAGUAAGACGAUAACGGGAUAUACUUUAAACUAAUUGAAACUGAAAGCACUUGGAGAUUAUACAAGUACUUGAGAGACUUUAUUUCACUUUCCUCUCUCCGUAGCUCAUCCAGCUAAUAAAUCUUUAAAUUGAAAUGAAAUUAGAAUACAGCAAAUUGGUAGGAUAUUUGAUUUUAAUAAUUUGUUCUACCCAUUCCACUUUUGAAAAUAAUAAUAAUACAAGUCCUCGUGUAAGUUAUCCUGCUACAGAUCAUUCAGAAGAGUGCACAACUUUAGAAUGUGCAUAUUACCAAAGAAUCUUUCGGGAGGAGUCCAAAACUAGGGGAUUUGGUCAAUCGGGGCCAGAUUUAAUCCGAGGAAAUGGUUAUAAGCUGGAGCAGCACAAUUUAACUUCCCGAGAUGGAUACAUUAUCUCGCUGUUUCAAAUUCUAAGUGGAAAAGACGCAAAGGAAAAAGGACACAGUUCACGAAUACCUGUGUUGCUGCAUCAUGGAGUUAUCGCUGAUGGGUUCGAAUGGAUCUUGAAUAAAGUGGACACGGCUCUAGGAUAUAGAUUACCAGACGCUGGCUACCAAGUUUUUAUAAUUAAUAACCGAGGAACAUUGUACUCAUUAGAACAUGUAAACACUUCAUGGAAAACCGGAAAAUAUUGGGACUUUAGUUUUCAUGAGAUGGCCGCAUUUGACGUUCCCAUGAUCAUUGAUUACAUUUUGGAGUUAACAAAUCAACCUCAGCUCUACUACAUAGCUCAUUCCAUGGGAUCCAGUAUCUUUAUGGCAUCCUUGUCAAUGUUCCCAGAUUACAACUCUAAAAUAAAAACCUUCAUUGGACUGGCCCCUGCCGUGUAUGUAGGAAACACUUCUGUGCCAUUUGCAAUUGCGAGACCAAUUUUACUCAAUCAUUUGCAAGAAAUGAGUAACAGUUAUCUUCUAGGAUCUUUCGUCAAUCCAGAUUUUCUUCCAUUCAUGCACAUCUUGGGAACCCUCUGCUACCCUCAAAUUAUAUCAAGAAAAAUUUGUUUCGCAGCGCUAGAAGUGAUCUUUGGCUACGACUUUAUUGAGGAUAACUAUGAUUUGAGACAAGAGAUCGUCUCUAUUGGAUUAAGUAGCACAUCCGUCAAGACAUUACUCCAUUUGAUGCAACUCUGGAAAUCUGGAAAAUUUCAAAAGUACGAUUAUUUGGAAAAUAACUUUGAAAUAUACGGACAGAUGCUCCCUCCGUUGUACGAAUUAGAUAAAGUGACAGCCCCAGUUUUUGUAUUUUGCGGAGCAGAAGAUCAAUUGGUUUCGUGUCGGGAUGCAUUCCGAUUGGCAAGUGCUUUACCGAAUCUGAAAGAAUUUCACAAAAUAAAUCAACAGCAAUUUAAUCACAUAGACUUUUUGUUCGCUACUAAUGUUAAUAGUUUGCUCAACGACAAAAUAUUAGAAAUAUUGAAUAUGACGAUCAAUACUUGACAAAAUUUUAUCAUAAUCAUAAUAAAGUGAAAAAUAAACUA